GAGAGCUUCAUGAGGUUCUCUCUCCACAGUUGUUGGGAGCAGGGCUUUUAGUGUGGUGGCCUCCUUAUUGUGGAACCCUUCCCCAUCUGAUACCAGACCAUGGCCACCAUCUCUUCAUUCGGCAAGUACACUCACGCCAUCGUCCGCUGCAUUCCCUCCUCAUUUGGCACAGCAGAUCCGACGGCUGACGGUUCCGACAUCGAGAAUGAGCCGGUGGACCUGGCCAAGGCUCAUCGGCAGUAUGGCGUCUACACAGGGAUCCUGCGACAGAAGCUAGGGCUCCAAGUCAUUGAACUGGCUGCAGAUGAGAGUCUCCCCUCUUCCCCGCUGGUGGGGGACCUGGCAGUGAUACAGGGAGACACAGCAUUGCUCACUCGGCCUUGGGCACGCUCGCGACGGGAUGAGAUCAGCAGCGUCAAAAAGGUCUUGGAGGAACUAAAACUACGUGUAGUAGAGGUUACAGAUGAAGGAGCUACCUUGGAUGGAAGUGAUGUACUUUUUACAGGUAGAGAGUUCUUUGUGGGGAUUUCCAAGUGGACUAAUCACAGAGGAGCAGAGAUGGUGGCUGAUGCUUUCAGGGAUUUUGCUGUAUCUACCGUUCCCAUCUCAGGCACAUCACACCUCUGCAACUUCUGCAGCAUGGCUGGGUCCGACACGGUCAUCAUUGGCAGCAGUCAUGUGGCGAAGAAAGCCAUGAAGACCAUGGAACAGUUAACAGAUCACCACUAUGAAACGUUGACGGUGCCUGACGAUCCAGCUGCUAAUUGCAUCUAUGCCCGGCUUGGCCAGAAGAGCAGCAUCCUUUUGCAUCGCAGUGCAGAAGAGUAUCCUAAUAGUGUGCAACCCUUCCAGAAACUUCCAGACUACACCCUCAUCCCUGCUGCUUGCACUGAGGUAGCCAAACUUGGUGGGACUCUCAGUUCCUGCUCUCUUCUCAUCAACAAGAAGCUGGAGAUCUAGUGCCUCUAUUGAACCCCAUAAAAAAUGCAGGUUCUCAUAGUUCCUUAAAAAAAAAAAAAACAAGAACCCUGUGUGCAAAGUGACUUCCCUGCUUUCUUUGUGAGGCGACGACACUUCUCUCUCUCUCUCUUUCUUUCAAACUUGCUGAUUUGGCCGGCCUUACUUUUUUUUUCUUUUCUGUUGCUUCUCCUGUUCUUUACUUGGGAUUUUCCAUGGAGUCCCACCAAUCUCUUUAUUUUCUGCUUCUGCCUACUGUGGUGUAUCUUUUAGAAAGACAAUUAUCUCCAGAAUAGGUAGGUCAUGCCGAAGAAGGACCAUAGUGGAAGAUCAGAAGCUGUAGCAAUUCCGCCAACCAUCACCGCUUCUUAGUAUGGUUCUCGGUGUGGACCACGGACAACAGCAUUGCAUGUGUCAUGUUUUGCACAUUGUUUCUCUGGGCGGGAGGACAUCUUGGAAGAAACAUCAGAGAUGUCCAUAAUGGAAGCCCUGCACCCAUGGUGGCAGCCAAAAUAGAUCGGCUUCUCCCCCUCUCUCUUCUUCUCUCUUACAAGCCCAUGUUAACAAAGGGGAGCAGAAGAAAAUCUUGUAGUGGAAGCCCCCACCGUGUGUGAUGUUACAAGCAGCAUUUGUCUGGUGGUCUGGUUCAGCCCGUGCUGCUUUGUUCACCCAGUGGGAUGAUGAUUCCAGUAUUAUGAGAGAUGUAGAGGAGGUCCUGUUUGCCCAUUUGCAAAUGCCAUUGCUUUGACAGCUCCGUGCAAGAUACAGGAAGACUUCUCUACUGCACUCUACUUUAAAACCUUUCUCCUCUAACGCGAUUAUCCAAGAAUCUUUAAAUCGCAGUGUUCCUGAUACUGUUGGACUGCAGUUCCCAACAGCUCAGCCUGACCGAUGGUGAGGGCUGAUGGAAACCGCAGGCCAACCACAUCUGGAGGGCCACAUGUUUCUGAUUCUUGCUUUAAUAAAGGCUAUCUUGUAUGAUCUCCUGGCCUGCUACGUACAUCUCUCUCUGGUGCUGCAGUUUGGGGAUGGGGAAUUCGAUUAGAUCAACUCUCCCGAAACCCCAGACUCAAAACCGAUUGUUUCCCCCACUGCCAUUGCAACAGACAACCUCUCUGUGUCUCUGUAGGGUUCAAGCAGUCAUGGAGGAGCAGCGUUGCAAACAUAACGGCAUUUCUGUGGAAAGCUGCUUCCUCCUCAGGCACUGUGUAUGUGUUUUUGUAACUUAGUUAGGGGGUGUUAGUAGGAAUGUUUUUGAAAGCUGUAGAGGGAGUGCCCUCUGUUGGGGAAUAGGCAUAAUGACAGAAGUAGACUUUUAGAUUCACUUACUGCCUCUUUAAUCUCUUGUGAAAUCAAUUAAAAAUAAUAAUUAAAAAAAGACUGAACCAACUCCA